AAACGAAAAACAAACACAAGUUGCCUUGGGAACAACAACAAUAACAACGAGGCUAGGCAACCAAGGGAAUAACAAUUUUUAUAUAGAAAAGGAGCUACCAGGAGUCCAGAGCGGACACCCACGGUGCCGGGAUGUAUAGCCGAAAGUUGGAGCGGAUGCACCGCCCGUCGUCGGACAUCACCAAGUACGACAAUGAGCCGUAUAUGCAGAACCCAUUGCUCAAGUUCCGCAUUAGCGAGGUGCACGAGCGGCGCCACUACCAGUUUCUCAAACAGAAGGCGGCGGACGUGAAGGUCCGGGUCGCACGACAGCAAUGGCAACCGGAACCGGAUAUGCGCCUUUUGCCGCAGGCCCAUUACGAGGACAACCUUCGACGAGAGGUACGCAAGAUAGUGGUGCCUCCUAUGCUCCGCCGCACCGAGGCCAAGAUCCUCAGCUACGUCUCCGAGCAGAUGAAAUCCAAGUAUCCGGAACUGGUAAAGGCCUAUAUGAAGGACGUUCACUCAGAGUUUAAUCGCCUGAUGAAGGUCUACAGUAUGAAGAACAUACUCCGCCACCCGGAAUUCUCCGAUGAGGAUCCGUCCACCUUCGAACUGCCACGAGCGGACUUCCACUUUCGGCGACCGGGGAAAACCCAAAACUAUGCUAAUUUUCUGGAAAAUCGGCGCAAGAUUUCCAACAGGCUUCUCAUCCUUCAGCUGCCUUUGCGCGCCGUUCUGAAUGUCUCAGUGGGCGAACUGCCCAACCUGGCCUGCAUCUUCAAUUACGUUAUGGCCACAGGAGCUAUCCAGCAGCAGCUUGGGCUUGGCGGGCGGGAAGCGUUAUCUUAUAAGUUUUACCGGAAAUACAUUCAGUCCCAGCUGGACAAGGUGAACACCUUCCUACGUUGGACAUGGUAUCCCAGAGUGGUUUUGAUACUGCGGAAGCUCAUCAGGAAGCGAGUGAUGCCCAUGAGUGUGUGGAAGCGCUCCUGGAACGCCCUGGAGGGACUGAUGAACCGCGAAAUGACCAACAUGAAAAUACGCACCUUCGAAGAAAUGUAUCGCAUGUGUGGCAAUCCAAGGACGAUGCCGAUGCUUCGCCUUACACUGGAGUGGGCCGAGUUCGCCGGGGAUCUGGACACCCGACCCAAUAUGUGGGCGAUAUUGCGCACCUUUGCCGAAAUCGCGACCGAGAUCUCCAUGGUUGGAUACCGCAUGGAGCCACUGCAGCCCCAGGUACAAACCCUUACAUCGAUGGCCAUGUACGCCAAGGUAAACGACUAUCUCAAGAUAGAGAUGAACGAGAAUUUUCUGAAAGACGUGAUUGAAAAGGUGCAGGAUAUAAUCAUGCGCACGUACCAGGAAGUGAUCCAGUACAUCGAUGAUUUUCGCGCCAAGUACUAUGCCCUCUACUCGUGGCAGGAGCGGGAUGCUCUCAACCUCUUUCUGGCGGAGCCUCACCAGUUCGAGGAGUACUUCGCUCGGAUAGACAUGUACUACGGGUUUAUCAAUAUGCUGCGCAGCGAGCCAGGCACGGAAUACUUCGUCCAAGCCGUAAUCCACAAUGAACCGGCUAUAAUUGGCCUCCGCUCGCUGGCAGAGAAUUUGAUUCACGAGAUAACAACGAUUAUCAUUCGAGAACACAUCAAGGCGGAGGUGGAGAUAUGUGACGAGUUUGAGAAAAUUAAGUACAAGGCUCUGGAGAUACCCAAGUCGACGGAGGAGCUUAUCGAAAGCGCCGAAUACAUGAUUAAUGUGAAGAAGGAAAAAAUUGCUGAGCUGACGGACCGCAUUCAGUACUGCCUGCAGGUGGGCACCAAUAUCGUUGAGCUGACAGAGAUGUCCAAGUACCACUUCGACCUGACCAUCAAGACGAUUAAUUGGAUCAAGGACAUUAACGAUAUCUGUGAUUACAAUGCGUCGCAGCAGGAGCAGUUCAAGUUCACCUUCGAGGAGCACCUGCAGGAGGUCAUCAAAAAACUAAACGUGGACAUUGAAGAGCUGCUGCCCAAACUGGCCGUUAUUGAUGACAUGAGUCGUCCGGAUAAGUUCCGCGACAGCUAUAUUCUGCUCCAGAAUUUUAUCGACCAGCUGAAGACUUUUGAUGACUACGUGGCCUGGAUAAACAAGGAGGAAAAGCUCUUCAAGAUCGCUCAAACGGAGUAUCCUACUCUGGAAGUGAUCAAGACUUUCGUCUAUCCUUUUGCCGAGCUUAUGAAGUGCUGUAUAGAGUGGCAGCGCUACUUAAGCGUCUGGAACGAUGGACCCUUCGAGUAUCUGGAGCCCAAGUUCGUGGAGGGCACCACGGACAACUACCUAAAGGAGUUCCAGAAGAACCAGAAGUACUAUCGGGUCAAAAUCAAGCAGGAUAUGAUCGACAAUCCCGUGUGCAAAUUCAAGGGACAAACAGAGGAUCCUGACCCUGCCAAGCACCCUGUACCGUUGCGUUUGUGCACUUCAAUGAUUCAGUCGAUCAAGGACUUUACCACUGGAGUGUUUAUAGUAAACACCAUGUGUAAUCCUGCCCUGCGGAAGCGCCACUGGAAGGAGAUGUCUGAAAUCGCCGGAUUUGACAUAACUCCCGAUGCUGGGACUACUCUCCGCAAGAUCCUGAACUCGGGAUUAGACCCCAUCCUCGACCAGUUCGAGAUAAUCAGCAUUGGAGCGAACAAGGAGUUGCAGCUGUGGAAUGCCCUUCAGGCGAUGAUCAAGGAGUGGGAGAAUAAGGUCUUUCCCUACGGCCCCUACAAGGAGACGGGCGUAAUGAUCUUAAACAGCUUGGAUGACAUACAAGCCCUGCUGGACGAUCACAUCCUCAAAACGCUGGCCAUGCGGGGGUCUGCGUUUAUGAAACCUUGCGAAGAAGAGGUGCGCGCUUGGUACGAGAAGAUUAUGCGGGUCAACGAGACUCUGGAUCAGUGGGGAAAGGUCCAGGCCAACUAUCUAUACCUGCUCCCCAUCUUCUCCUCCAAGGAUAUUGUGGCACAGAUGCCUGAGGAAGGUCGGCUAUUCACGAUUGUGGAGCAGACGUACACUAGAAACAUGGGCUUGGUUCUGCGACAACCUUUGGUCAUGGAAACGGCCCCUGUUCAGGGCCUAUUAGAGUCUCUCCAGAAGGCCAAUGAACUGCUGGAGGACAUAGCCACUGGCGUGAGCAACUAUCUAGAAAAGAAGCGCCUAUACUUUCCGCGCUUCUUCUUUCUGGCCAACGACGAAAUGCUGGAGAUUCUGUCGGAGACCAAGGAUCCGCUGCGGGUACUGCCUCACCUUAGCAAGUGCUUUGAAGGCAUCAACAGCCUGGAAUUUGAUGUGGCCAAGAAUGUCCUCGCUAUGAUAAGUAGCGACAAGGAGAAAAUCGAAUUUAUGGAACAGGUGUCGACUGCGGCGGCCGGAGGAAGUGUGGAGAAGUGGCUGAUCGGGGUGGAAGAUGAGAUGCUGAAGGCAGUGCGCUAUAUGAACGAGCUAUCCUUUGCGCACUACCCCAAGGUGAAGCGGCACGAGUGGGUGUUGGAGUGGCCCCAGAUGACGGUGCUGGCCAUCUCGCAAGUCUAUUGGGCUUCCCGAGUGCAUAGCUGCCUGCGGCGUACUUUUGGAGGCAAUAUGACUGUCAUGAACAAUUUCUUCCAGGAGCUGUCCAAGGAGCUGAAUGAUAUUGUGACCCUCGUCCGAUCUCCAAAGAUCAGUAAUCUGAACCGCAUCACCAUCAAGUCCCUGAUUGUAAUCGAUGUCCAUGCCAAGGACGUAUCUGAGGAUCUCAUCCGACUGAAAAUCAGCAGCGAGUUUGACUUCCAGUGGCUUGCCCAAAUGCGCUACUAUUGGGAGGACGAAAAGACCUGGGUAAGGAUCAUCAACGCCACGGUGCCGUUUGCCAACGAGUACUUGGGAAACUCCGACCGCUUGGUGAUUACUCCGCUCACUGAUCGGUGCUACCGCACCCUAGUUGGAGCCUACCAACUGCAUUUGAAUGGCGCCCCGGAGGGACCUGCCGGCACGGGCAAGACCGAGACCACCAAGGAUUUGGCCAAGGCCCUGGCUGUUCAGUGCAAGGUGUUCAACUGCUCGGAUGGUCUGGACUACAAAGCUAUGGGCAAGUUCUUCAAGGGAUUGGCAUCGUGCGGAGCUUGGGCCUGCUUCGAUGAGUUCAAUCGAAUUGAGCUGGAGGUGUUGUCGGUGGUGGCCCAGCAGAUCCUUCUGAUUAUCCAGGCUGUUCGCGGCAAUGUUACCAAGUUCAUGUUCGAAGGCACUGAGCUAACCCUGAACCCUGCCUGCUAUGUGUGCAUCACCAUGAAUCCCGGCUAUGCCGGUCGAUCCGAACUGCCCGACAAUUUGAAGGUUCUUUUCCGUUCCGUGGCCAUGAUGGUGCCGGACUACGCCAUGAUUGGCGAAAUAUCCUUGUACUCGUACGGCUUUGUGGACGCCCGUAAGUUGGCCGUAAAAAUCGUCACUACCUACAGACUCUGCUCGGAGCAGUUGUCCUCCCAGAAUCACUACGAUUACGGUAUGCGAGCUGUGAAAACGGUGCUGUCCGCUUGCGGAAACAUAAAAAAAAUGUACCCCGACGAAGUGGAGGAUAUCCUGCUGCUGCGCAGUUUGAUCGAUGUGAAUCUACCGAAGUUCUUGUCCUUCGACGUCCCACUGUUCGAGGGCAUUAUUUCUGACAUCUUUCCGGGCAUCAAGCUGCCCCACAUCGACUACAGCCUCUUCGAAACCGAAUUCAAGAGAGUGUGCGAAGAUGAGAUCCUUGAACCGGCCCCCAGUUUCCUUGUCAAGGUGAUCCAGACCUACGAGAUGAUCAUUGUGCGCCACGGAUUCAUGUUAGUGGGGGAGCCUAUGGCUGGAAAAUCAAAGACCCUGCAAGUCCUGGGGAAAGUGCUUUCCGCGCUCAAAAUGAAGGCGCCAUCGAAGAGCCACUACUUCCAGCACGUUCAGAUGGGCAUUAUGAACCCGAAGUCGAUUACCAUGAACCAGUUGUACGGUUCCUUUGAUCCCGUCUCGUACGAGUGGACGGAUGGCCUAGUGGCCAAGAUAUUUCGCGACUUUGCCAUGACGCCUACACCGGACAGGAAGUGGGUUAUAUUCGAUGGGCCGGUGGACGCAGUUUGGAUUGAGAACAUGAACACCGUGCUUGAUGACAACAAGAAGCUGUGCCUGACCAGCGGAGAGGUCAUUACCAUGACCAAUGAAAUGUCCAUGAUCUUCGAGGUAAUGGAUCUGGCGCAGGCAUCACCGGCUACCGUAUCCCGUUGCGGUAUGAUCUACAUGGAGCCUACAACUCUGGGAUGGAAAGUGUUCGCCACAAGUUGGCUCAAGAAGGCUGAUCCCCGCUGGGCGGAUGAGGAGAACGUGCCUUAUGUCAUGGCUUUGUUGGGGUGGCUUUUACCUCCAUGCCAGACUUUUGUGCGACGUUUCUGCAGCCAGUUCAUUAAGCCGGGAGAAUUCAAUUGCCUGACUACCACCUUCGAGCUCUUCGGGAUGCAAAUCGCAGAGGCCAUUGAGGAGAACCCUGAGGAUUACCAGAAGUAUUUGAUUAGCUACUUCCAAGCAGCCAUUAUAUUUGCCUUGGUUUGGGGAGUGGGUGGAGUUUUAGAUACCAACUCCCGUGAAAAAUUUGAUGCAUUUUUGAAGAAGGUGUGGGAAAACGAUGAUCAAGUUCUGCCUGAUCCUUUGGGGAAAAUGGAGAUUACACCGCCUACCGAAGGCCUGCUGGUGGACUAUGUUUUCCAAUACAAGCAGCGUGGUGCCUGGCGCUACUGGCCGGAUCUGGCCAAGCGCAUGGACGUGGAGGAGACCAAGACGGGUGUCAUUGUACCCACUGUGGAUACUGCUCGCUAUGUGCAUCUCCUAAAGAUGCAUGUGGAGCACAAAAAACGAAUGCUCCUAGUUGGGCCCACGGGAACUGGAAAGACUGUAUACAUUCAGAACUAUUUGAUGAACAAACUGGACAAAGAUGUCUUCGAAACCGGAUUCAUCACAUUUACUGUGAUGAUCUCGGCCAACCAGUGCCAGGAGCUACUGAUCACCAAGCUGCAAAAGUGGAAGCGGGGCAUCUACGGUCCUCCAAAAGGGAUGCAGAGUGUGCUCUUCGUGGAUGAUAUGAAUAUGCCCGUAAAGGAGGUGUACGGUGCCCAACCUCCGUUGGAGCUGCUUCGCCAGUUGUUUGAUUACGGGCACGUCUACGAUCUGAAGGACAGCUCCAAGAUCUUCAUUCACGAUGUCCUGAUAAUGGCGGCCUGUGGGUUGCCCGGCGGAAGUCGUCAGGAUGUUUAUGCCAGGUUUUUAAACCACUUCCGCGUCUACUCAAUCAAUACUUUCAGUGAGGACAGCAUGUUCAGGAUAUUCCUCAACGUGGCGUUAAAUGGCUUUCGGCGGGCUGGGCACGGACAGGAUGUGUUUGUGGUAACCAACCAGAUUGUGAGUGCCACGCAGAGCAUAUACAAGAGCGUUCAGUCGGAGAUCAGAGCCACACCCGCCAAGUCCCAUUACAUAUUCAAUCUGCGAGACAUUUCCCGAGUCGUCACCGGCUGCACCCUCGUCAGGAAGGAGUCUGUAAAUGAUAAGAAGAUCUUCAUAAGGGUGUGGUACCACGAGGCCAUGAGAGUCUUCUAUGACCGGUUGGUGGAUGAUGUGGACCGUCAGUGGAUGUUCGACAAGUUGAACGAGUGCCUCAGAAGCAACUUUAAGGACAAGGUGGAGACCGUCUUUGAAAAAUACUGUGUCCAGGUCAGGGACGAAAUGGUGUUCACAAUGGAGGCGGCUAGCAGCAUGUUUUUCGGUGUAUACUUCGACGAGGACAGCGUGCCAGAUGAGCGGCGCUACGAGGAGGUGCCCAGCUUAGAGAUAUUCCUAAAAGUGUCUCUUGCCAGUCUGGAAGACUACAACUCGACGCGACGGUCCAAAAUGGAUAUCACGUUAUUUACGUUUGCGUUGCAGCAUCUGAACCGGAUCUGCAGGAUCAUCUCGAUUCAGGGAGCCAGCGCCCUUCUGAUCGGCUUGGGCGGAUCGGGGCGUCAGUCGCUAACCAAGCUGGCCACUAACAUGGUGCAGACUGCAUUCUUCCAGCCGGAAAUCACCAAGAGCUACGGUGCUAACGACUGGCACGACGACAUCAAGGUAAUCCUGAAGGAAGCAGGAGGAAUGAACAAGCACACCACGUUCCUUAUAACGGAGAACCAGAUCAAGAUGGAGCUCUUCCUUCAGGACAUUGAUUGCUUGCUCAACCAAGGUGAAGUGCCCAAUAUAUUCCCAAUCGACGAGAAGCAGGAAGUGCUGGAGAUGGUGCGACUGGCGGCUCAAGGAGGCAACCGAAACAUUGAUGUUUCUCCACUCCAGGUCUUUUCCUUUUUUGUGGAUCGGUGUAAGCAGAAGCUCCACAUGGUCUUGAGCUUCUCGCCCAUCGGCGAUGCUCUGCGGACGCGGGUGCGGCUGUAUCCUUCGCUGGUAAACUGCUGCACCAUUGAUUGGUACGACAGCUGGCCGGAGGAGGCCCUCCAGAUGAUAGCCAAGAUGUCGCUGGUGGACGUGAAUGUUCCGAGCGAAGACAUCAAGCUGGCUAUCAUGGACACCUGCCAGUAUUUCCACACCACAGCGGCUCGGGUGACGCGUUCCUUCUGCCAGAUGAGUGGUCGCCAUAUUUACCAGACGAACGCGUCCUUCAUCGAGCUCAUUCGCUCGUUCCAGACCUUGAUCUACAAAAAGCAGAGUGAGACUAUGCUGGCCAAGAUGCGGUACAUUGGAGGUCUUGACACCCUGGCUCAGGCAGCCGCUGCCAUUUCCAUCAUGCAGCGAGAUUUGAAUGCCCUGCAGCCGAAGCUCCUAGCCUUGGCAGAGGCCUCCCGUAAAAUGAUGCUGGAAAUCAACAAAGAGACACUGGCUGCCAGUGCCGCCGCCGAACAGGUGAAGCGGGACGAGGAGGUGGCCUCCGUGCAGGCCGAGGCUGCCCAGGUUCUAAAGCACGAUUGCGAGCGAGACUUGGCGAAGGCCAUUCCUGUGCUGGAGGACGCCCUGGCUGCUUUAAAUACACUUAAGCCAGCGGAUAUUACGUUGGUGAAGUCCAUGAAGAAUCCCCCGCCUGUGAUUAAGCUAGUAAUGGCCGCCGUUUGUGUGAUUAAGAACAUUCCGCCGGACCGUGUUCCGGACCCCGGCUCCGGCAAGAUGGUCCAAGACUACUGGGGUCCGAGCAAGCGACUUUUGGGUGAGAUGAACUUUCUGCCUGCCCUUAAAGAGUUUGACAAGGACAACAUUCCCCCGGACAUUAUAAAGCGCAUUCGCAAAGAGUUCAUCCCCAACAAGGACUUCGAUCCUGCGGUGGUGGCCAAGGCUUCCAGUGCCGCCAAGGGCUUGUGCCAGUGGAUUAUUGCCAUGGACAUGUAUGACGAAGUGGCGAAGGUGGUGGCGCCCAAGAAGGCCAAGUUGGCUGCAGCGGAGAAGGAGUAUGCGGACACUAUGGAGUUUCUGGCGGAGAAGCGGGCCCUGGCACUGGCACUAGAGGAGAAGGUGGCCCUAUUAAAUAUCGAGUUGGACAAGGCUAACGAGGAGAUGAAAAAGACUGAGGAUCACGCGGAGAACUGUCGCAACAAGCUGCUUCGGGCGGAGGCUCUAAUCGGAGGAUUGGGCGGAGAGAAGUCUCGCUGGAAUAAGGCCGCCGAAGAUUUGCAGGAGUUGUAUGACCAUCUCCCAGGCGAUGUGCUGAUAUCCUGUGGAAUCAUCGCCUAUCUCUCGGCCGUGAAUCUCCAGUACAGAGCCGAUUGCGUAAAGGAUUGGUUCAAAAAGGUCACGGAACUUAAAAUUCCAUGUUCGGCGAAGUAUUCCAUCACCGAUGUCCUAGGCCUGGAGGUGACCAUUCAGAACUGGCAGCUAGACGGGUUGCCCAACGACGAGUUCUCCAGCGAGAACGCCAUCAUAUCGGCGAACUCCAGCCGUUAUAGCCUUUUCAUUGAUCCACAAGCUCAAGCCAACAACUGGCUUAAAAAUAUGGAGCGGAAGAACCGGCUGAACUGUGUCAAGUUCAACCAGGGAAACUAUAUGAAGAUCAUCGCGGAGGCCCUCGAGUAUGGGACGCCUGUCAUCAUUGAAAACGUGCAGGAGGAACUCGAAGUGCCCCUGGACCCGAUCUUGAUGCAUCAGACCUUCGUGCAGGGUGGAAUCAAGCACAUCAGCUUAGGGGAAGCUGUGGUGCCCGUUAACCCGAAUUUCCGACUUUACAUGACAUGCAAUUUGCGAAACCCGCACUUUCUUCCCGAGACUUUCAACAAGGUGACGGUAAUCAAUUUCGCCCUGACCCAGAACGCCUUGAUGGACCAGUUGCUAAGCAUUGUGGUGGCCAAGGAGCGACCCGAUCUCCAGGAGCUGCGCAUUAUGCUGACAACUGAGGCAGCGGCCAACAAGGGCGCUCUUCGGGACGCGGAGAACAUGAUCCUGAAGACCCUGAGCGCCGGCGGGGACAUCCUGGAAAACGAGGCCGCCAUUCAAAUCCUGGCAGACUCAAAAGGACUGUCUAAAGACAUUGUGGAGAAACAGGAGGCGGCUAAGGAGACUGGAGCGAAGAUCGAGACCUUCCGUCUUAACUACAAGCCCGUGGCUGUGCAUUCCUCCAUUCUAUACUACUCCAUCACGGAUCUGCCCAACAUAGACCCCAUGUAUCAGUUCUCUCUUAACUGGUACAUAAAUCUCUACAUGUACUCCAUUGAAACGGCCAACAAGUCCAAGGACCUUCCACGACGUAUCAAGUUCCUGGUCGAUGGCUUCACCCGGAACCUCUACAACAACGUUUGCCGUUCCAUUUUCGAGAAGGACAAGUUGUUGUUCUCCUUCAUUCUGACGGCCCGCAUUCUCCUUGGAACGGGUCAGGUGGAGAUGCGUCACUUCGCCCAUCUGGUAACCAAUGCCAAGGAGUCCACAAAUAUUCCGCCCAAUCCAGAUCCUAGCUGGGUAACCGAGACGGUGUGGCUGAAUAUUCUGCGACUGGAGGAUCUGAAGGAGCUACAAGGCAUCGUCAAUCACUUCCGUACAAACUUGUCUUCAUGGCAGGCGAUCUACGACCACGGCUCCCCGGAAACACAGCCUCUGCCGGCUCCGUGGCAUGACAAGACCACCUCCUUUGAGAAAAUUAUCGUCCUAAAAGCCCUACGUCCCGACUCCGUUUUCCUAGCCGUACGCAGUUUCAUUGCCGCGUGCAUUGGGGAACAAUACGUGACGCCACCGGAGUUCGAUAUAUCCAAGUCGUAUGCGGACUCAACUGCCCUAACUCCACUGGUGUUCAUCCUGUCGCCAGGAGCAGAUCCUCUGGGCUCACUGCUGGCCUUCGCCGAGAAAAUGGGUCAGGAGGAGUCCUUUCAGAGCAUAUCACUGGGCCAGGGCCAGGGACCGAUUGCCACGGCGCUGAUCAAAAAUGCUCAGGAGAUGGGCUACUGGGUAUGCCUGCAGAACUGCCAUCUGGCUGCAUCGUGGAUGCCGGUCCUUGAGUAUAUGUGGGAGAAUAUGGACACCUUUAACACAACACCCAACUUCCGCAUCUGGCUGACGGCGUAUCCGACGCCCCAGUUUCCUGUAACCAUUCUACAAAACGGAGUCAAAAUGACCAACGAGCCUCCCACGGGACUGAAGGAGAAUCUGAUGCGCUCCUACAACUCGGAACCCAUUAACGACUACGAGUUCUAUACGGGAUGUGCCAAGCAGGACCGUGCCUUCACCAGGCUACUGUACGGUAUCUGCUUCUUCCACGCAGUGGUCCAGGAGCGGCGGAAGUACGGUCCACUGGGAUGGAACAUUGCCUACGGGUUCAAUGAAUCUGAUUUGCAGAUUUCUGUGCUGCAAUUAAGUAUGCUGCUUAACCAGUACGAGCAUGUUCCGUACGACGCUAUUUCGUACCUCACCAGUGAGUGCAACUACGGUGGCAGGGUGACGGAUAACUGGGAUCGACGGGCCAUUGUGACUAUCCUGGCGGACUUCUGCAACGCUCAGGUAGUGGGAGACAAUAAGUACAGGUUCGCCGCCGACGACCGGUACAUCCUUCCUCGGAAGACGGAGCACCGUGAAAUUCUCCGCUACCUGGACGAAAGUAUUCCAUCUUUGGCGCCACCGGAGGUCUACGGCCUGCACGCCAAUUCUGGAAUCACGAGGGAUCUGCAAACCACAAAAACUUUGCUUGACUCAAUGAUUUUGCUAUUAGGCAGCGAGGCGGCUGGAUCCUCGGGAGCGGGAGUAAGUGUGGAGCAGGUAAUCCUGGGCACGAUUAAGCAAAUCGAGCAGGAAAUGCCACCGGACAUGGACAUCGAAGCUGCAGCUGAAAAGUAUCCGGUAGAUUACAACGAAUCCAUGAACACAGUGGUGGUGCAAGAGAUGGAGCGUUUUCUGAAGCUGCAGAAAGAGAUACGCGCCUCCUGCCGGGAUUUGGCAAUGGGUAUCAAGGGUAUUAUUGUAAUGACUCCAGACCUGGAGAAUGUAAUGACGGCAAUGAAGUUCAAUCGUAUACCAACGAAAUGGAUGUCGAAAUCCUAUCCUUGCUUGAAGCCACUGGGAUCCUACGUUCAGGAUUUGUAUAAACGACUUAAUUGGCUUCAUGAUUGGCACCACCAUGGAAAACCGCCCACCUUUUGGCUAUCGGGAUUCUUUUUCACCCAGGCUUUCCUCACCGGAGCCAUGCAGAACUACGCUAGGAAGUACAAAAUUCCCAUUGACACCCUGACCUUUGACUACGUGGUCCAGAAGGUGGAGACAAAAGCGGCGCCUCCAGAGGACGGAGUUUACUGCAAUGGCCUGUUUCUAGAAGGCGCUCGCUGGGAGUGGAACGAUAGCAUUCUGGUGGAACAGUUCCCUAAGAUCCUGGUGUACACCAUGCCCGUGAUAUACUUUAAGCCGUGUGGUAUUACGGAGGUGGUCGAGGGAACGCGAUAUCGUUGCCCACUUUACAAGACCGGGGAGCGAAAGGGAACCCUCUCCACCACGGGGCACUCCACGAACUAUGUGGUGCCGCUCCUAUUAAACACCCACAUGAAAGCCUCCCAUUGGGUCAAGCGGAGCGUGGCCCUCAUCUGCCAGACUAACGACUGAGCUUCGAUUUACACAGCAUCGGGGUCAGUUUUAUGUUUAGUUUUUCCAUUUCCCAUCUUUGGAUAAAUGUGAUGUGGGUUGUUCUUGAAGCCUCUGGAGAAUUAAAACAAUUUCUGGUACAAUUGUCUUAACGCCUGCAGAGAUUUCAGGAACGCUCCAUACCAUAACGCUAAAAAUAAAAAAAAUCUCAUAAAUCUAAUGGUUCAGGGGGUUUUUAUUUUUUGAUAUCUAUGUUCAGGAAAGAAAGUU